GAAACUCAAAAGUCUUGACUUGUGACAGCGUCGGUGAGCGGAUCACUGACAAACGGAGGGUUCCGCUACGUGAACGUGACGCUUCGCGCGCGCCCGCGCGCGCCCUCCCUGCCGCGAGCCGCUGGAGGACCGUGAGGAGGCAUGACAGGAGGAGAAGACGCAGAAGUGACGCUGGAAUGUUCUCGGUCCUGGAGCACAGCCCGGCACUGACCGUAUGUUGGUGUCAGGCAUGAAGAGACGCUCGGCGGCCGCGGACCGGAUGCUGCUCUUAAACUUUUUCCUCUGCUGGACUGCGGCUGAAUCACAGAGAGAGAUCGAUGGGCCUCUCUCUGCACAGGAGCAGAUGUACAUUCUUUACCAAGUCAAACUACAGUGUCACCACAACCUCUCCAACAUUGACCCGGAGGCCACAGACGACGUGUGUCCUCCAGACUGGGACGGUCUUAUCUGUUGGCCUCAAGGCUCUCCUGGACUCGUCACCAAGGUUCCCUGUCCGUCGUACAUCUACGACUUCAAUCACAAAGGACACGCGUACAGGAACUGUGACAUCAACGGUUCCUGGGUGUUUAUGGACCACUGGAACAAAACAUGGACCAAUUACUCUGAGUGUGUGCUUUUCCUUCAGCCCCGUCAGCAGAAGGAGAGGCAAGACUUCUUUGAGCGGCUGUACGUCAUGUACACCGUCGGCUACGCCGUGUCCUUCAGCUCUCUGCUGGUGGCCAUAAUGAUCAUCGGAUACUUCAGGCGUCUUCACUGCACCAGGAACUACAUUCACAUCCACCUGUUUGUUUCCUUUAUGCUGAGAGCCGUCAGCAUCUUUGUUAAGGACAAAGUUGUCCACUCCAGUGCUGGACUGCAGGACUUUGACUCUGCACUGUUGGACAACUUAAAAACUGUCAGCAUCGCAUCACUGGACAAGUCCCAGUAUAUCGGCUGUAAAGUGACCGUGCUGCUCUUCAUCUACUUUCUGGCCACCAACUACUACUGGAUCCUGGUGGAGGGGCUCUACCUGCACAGCCUCAUCUUCAUGGCCUUCCAGUCCAACUCUAAGUACUUGUGGGGCUUCACACUAAUUGGAUGGGGUGUACCUGCUGUUUUCGUGGCCAUAUGGGCAAUUGUCAGGGCAACGCUGGCAGACGCAAGAUGUUGGGAGUUGAGCGCUGGAAACAUUAAGUGGAUCUACCAGGUGCCCAUCCUCACAGCUAUUGGGCUCAACUUCAUCCUGUUUGUGAACAUUGUGAGAGUGCUGGCCACGAAAAUCAGGGAGACCAACGCAGGGAGAUACGACACCAGGCAACAAUACAGGAAACUGGCCAAGUCCACUCUAGUUCUGGUGCUGGUCUUUGGGAUCCACUACAUCGUCUUUGUUGGGAUGCCACACACAUUUAAAGGGCCCAGCUGGGAGGUCCGCAUGUACUGUGAGCUCUUCUUCAACUCAUUCCAGGGCUUCUUUGUGUCCAUUAUCUACUGCUUCUGCAACAGUGAGGUUCAGGCAGAGAUAAAGAAAACAUGGACACGUUGGAACUUGGACUUUGAGUGGGAUGGCCCAGUGGUGUGUGGCCGCUAUCAAUACGGCUCCGUAGUGGUCGGCCUUAACAACAACAACAGCACCAGUAGCCAGUCCCACCUGGCGGCACCGGGGCCGUCCACGCGCUCCACUACGCUAGUUUCGAGCCGAGCCUAUCGGCGCACAGGCCCCACUGAGGUCAGUUUGCACGCGACCCUCCCCGGAUAUGUGAUCAGCAACUCAGACCCUUCUAUACCUGAAGAGCCAGACGACAGCGGACCCAAGAGAGUGGACGAUAUCUCACUGAAGGAAAACCUGCCCGUCCAGAAUAAAAGUGAAACGGCUGAGGAUGAGGAGGAAAAGCUGUAGCAGUCGAAUGGAUUCAAAAAAUGUUUAAAAAAAAAAAGUUCAAAAAUCCUGAGGAACAUCAACCAGUGGCAUGAAAUAUAUAAACUUGAUGCUUUACGCUAAACGUUCAAGAUGAUCAUCUUUUAAUUUAAACAGCACUUCAUUAACUCAAGACUCCAGCCCGGUCACCUUCUUCAAACUGACAAUCCACCAAUCACAGAGCCAAAAGAUUUUAAAAGAACAUUUCAAGGAUGUUUUUCUUUUUCAUCCAUUCAUUUGUUCUGCCAAUUACAGAAGAGUAUUGAAGACGUAUCUCAGCUCAGGACCUGCUGUCCCCACGUUACACAGAAAGAAAAUACAGACCACUGUUCAGGUUGAACUAAAUGACAGUCAUUACCUCCUCUACAUGUUCACGUCGACCAACAACAGCAGCUGAAGUUUACAUUAAAUUCUGAACACAACUAUAAGAUAAAAACUUUUUUACCCACUUAAAUAUAUUAGGACAAACAUUGUCAUUACAUUCUUUAUUAUUAACACAUGUGUCAAUCAACUGUGAUUUUUGACGAUGAUAUUUUGGUGACCAUUCAUUACAUUCAACUGGUGCCGAAUCUCAGCUGUAACAUAGUGAAUGUGGGUGAAAAAGACCUAAAGGUUAAGGGGUGUGUAUUGGCAAAAAUCAUCGACACAAUAUGUAUCACGAUACAUGGACAACACUACGAUAUAUUGCAAUUUAUUAUGAUGCUAUAGGCGUGACAAAAUUGUUGACUUUUUUUUAAACACAGGUUUAACAUCAGGUUACUGACACUGGA